GAGAAAGUGAGGCUUCAGUAACGUCUUUAGGCCAACAUUUCACCCCUGCUGCAAGAUGACCUAAGCAGCAGAGAUGUGAGCUGUGCAGAUGUGCUGAAAGCUGAUCUUUGUCUCCGUUCUCACGCCGCCAUCAUGGACACAUUCACUCACCAACGGGGGCUGAUAACUCGCUCCUGCAGUCUCGAUGACAGACUGACCAGGAGCGCCACUUUUCACGCUUUCACUGAAAAUGCUGGCCAAAACGAGGAGGAGGAGCCACAACAACGCCGCAUUACUGUUGCAUCGUAUCUGCCUCGGUCCGCGGAUCAGAAUGGAAACUUCUCCGAGAAGAACGCCAACAAGCAGGAAGCCAAGUCUCUGCAGGAGAUGAACACAGAAGAAGUCUGUCAGUGGUUCAGUAGCGUUGGCCUGCAGAAAUGUGUCCCCUUCAUCAAAGAAGCCAAACUAAGCGGAGCAGACGUCGCCUCGGUGGAUUUGGACGUUCUGGACGUGCUCCAUAUCUCCACACUGGAGGACAGAGAGCUUCUGCUGUCGGCCAUUUAUAACCAGCUGCACCCACCGAGCUCCAUCAGCCAGAGGCUCGACUCUCUGCUGGAAUCUUUAGGUCCUGAUAAUGUCGAGGCAUUCACGGCGACUUUAGUGUCAAUGAGCAAGUCCAAGUCUUCUCCUCAUGUCAGCUGUCUGAGCAUGAACCGACGCUCACUCAAGCUCAGAAGCAACAGCCAAAACUACAGCACACAGAGGAAUUCCCAGCUGAUAGAGAUCACUAUUAAUGCGUCAGAGCGGAUAGUUCAUCUCAGAACUCCAAAGGAAACAACAGUUGGAAAAAUCAUGGAUUCAUGUCUCAAAAUGUUGGGAAUGACAGAAGACAAGAGCCUCUUCAUACUGAAAGAAAAGCAAGAUUCCCCAGAGGAGCUUCCACUGGAUCAGCAGAUUGGGAGUCUUCUUACUUCAACAGCAGAAAACGGACAGAUGGAGCUUCACCUGAGCAAAAUGGAAAAGUCAGCCACCACUCAACAAGAAAACUCAGAAGUUAACAGCUCUAACGAGAAUGGCAGUGUGAACAAAAAUGUCCAAGUGAGCCAGCCGGCAAAAGAGGAGAGAAUCAAAGAGCUGAACCAGCAAGUGGAUUCACUCCAGAACGUCAUCCUCCAGGUGCAGGAGCUCCACCACGGCCUGGUGGCGUUCUGCUCAGAGUUAAAGAACAUGGAUGGAGACGUGAACGUGGACAGACUCGGCUCUGCGGAGCUGAAGCAGAGGCUGGAGCUGGUAAAAAGCCGACUGAUGGAGAAGAGGCAGAGUCUGCAGAUGCUCAGAGAUGACAUGAACAACUCUGCGGCUCACAAGAAGAAACAGCUGGAUGUUCGUCUCCUGGAGAAGAUGAAGCUGAACUGUCAGGUGUUCAAGGAGGAAAUUUCCAUUGUUCAUCUUACCCGGCAGGUGGCUCACCUCCAGAAUGCUCUACAAGAAAGCCACGCUAAGGAAAAAAGUCAGAAAAAGAGUUUGGCUGUCGGCAGCCUGAGUCAGCUGGUGUCUCCACAGUCUCCUGCCAUGCUGCUGGUCGUACAGGAGAACCACAACCCCGACGGCCGGUACGGCUUCAUGUGCUGCCGUAGAGAAGGUGGCGGGCUGGUUGUGGUCAAAGCGGAACACUCUCACCUCUGUGUGGACGACAGACUGGUGGAGGUGAAUGGUGUAUCAGUGAUCAACUCCACACAGGAAGAGCUGACAGAUAUCCUGCAGCAAGGACCCAGCGCUCAGAUCGUUCUCCUACGCCAGCCGCCACCCACCCUCACCCCCCAACAGCAGCCUGUUCUUCUGCAACGCGUGGUCAAACCUGAUCCUGUGCAAGCAGCAUGGACAGAAAAUGAUGCAAUCAUCAUGGAAACCCCACCACAGCGCAAAAUGAUGGCCAUUUAAUGAUCAAGGAAAACAGAAAUAAACAUCUACUUAAAUUGAAAAACUGUGCGACAGAAAAAGUGAAGUGUUUCUAACUUUUUAAGAAUAAUGUCUGUUAGUGGAAUUACACAUAAUGUGAAAUCUGGCCAUGCACCUCCAUAUGUGAAGAUGUUUAUUGUGUUUUCAGAUUGGUCUGUGUUGAUUGGUGCCAAAUGCAUUCAGUCAGGAAUGUCAGUUAGUUGUAUAGACGUGUUUUUGUUGGACUCUUACAACUUCAACCCAUGUGUGUGACUUUAAUUCAGGGUUUCUGCUGACUUAAAAAGUCAAAUGUAAGACUUUUAAAGACAUUUUUAAGAUUUCAAUGCAGUAAAAAACAAUUUGUGCAUUCAAUGUGGUAUCUUUUGGAUUUCAUGUCAGACUCUUUGGCUUUCAUUCUCUUUGUACCAAGUGUAAAGAGUUUUCUUUAUCUUACGAGUAGCCUCAAAAUCAUUGUUUGCUCCCAGAGACAACAGGUUUCCUUCUAAUUAAAAAGAAAGUCAGUUUCCUUUAUCAUGCAUUUCCCCCAAUCUUCUGUUUGCUGUUUUUAAAUACAUUCACAUUACACAGCCAAAAAUGCUUUGAAACAUCUCAGGAACAAACAUAUUCACUAAUAGAACCAUAAAAAUUAAUAUAAUUCCACAUGUCAGUGUGCAUAUGAUAGUGUUUUCAGAAAAGUCAGAGUGCCAUUUAAAAUAAAAGCUCCCUCACAAGGAAAAAAUAACACUUUUAGCACCUGUAGUUUAUCUAGUCCAGUCCAAAUCAUGCACCAGUAUAUCACAUUGUUGCAUUAUUACUUGGUUUGGUCCUGGUUCACAUGAUAAUGCAAAAAAUUGGACUAUAAUGUGUGAUGAAAGAAGAAAUGCUGUUUAACCAAUUAGCUUACCCUGCAUCUGCUACUAAAUGUGUCAGCACUGUUGUCAUUGUACAGCCUGAUAUAUUGCCCCUAAUCUGACGCUAUUGUCAUACUUGAAAACUUUAACAGCUCUUUAUUGUGCUCCCAAUAUCUCAACAAACUAUGAUGAGGCAUGCCAUAUUACACACAGGCUGUGUGUAAUACGGUAUGCCUUGUGGACUGUGUGGCACAGCCAUUUCAAUGAAAUACUUUGAGCUUUUGAACUGACA